AUGACAGCUGGGGGUAGUCGAUCGAUUCUCCAAGAUAGCAGGCUUCAAUUCGCGAUCACGAAUGAUGCAACGGAGCCGGGUGGAUGCCAAACCUGCCCUGCCGUUAACGCAAAGGCCAAGGUCUCUGUUAAGCUUGUGGCAGAAGCUGGGAUUGGCACUGUAGCUUCUGGAGUAGCUAAAGCAAAUGCUGACAUAAUACAGAUAUCUGGUCAUGAUGGAGGAACUGGAGCUAGUCCUGUAAGUUCUAUUAAACAUGCUGGUGGGCCAUGGGAGCUUGGAUUGACAGAGACACAUCAGAUUCUCAUCGAAAAUGGACUGAGAGAAAGGGUUAUCCUGCGGGUUGAUGGUGGAUUCAAGAGUGGAUUUGAUGUCCUUGUAGCCGCAGCAAUGGGUGCUGAUGAGUAUGGAUUUGGGUCUGUAGCUAUGAUAGCAACAGGUUGUGUGAUGGCACGCAUCUGUCACACAAAUAACUGCCCAGUUGGAGUCGCAAGUCAGAGAGAGGAGCUUCGUGCUCGUUUUCCUGGUGUUCCUGGUGAUCUCGUCAACUAUUUCUUGUAUGUUGCUGAGGAGGUGAGGGGCACUUUGGCUCGGCUGGGUUAUGAGAAGAUGGAUGACAUAAUUGGAAAAACUGAAUUGUUGAGACCAAGACAAGUCUCUUUAACAAAGACUCAACACAUUGAUCUCAGCUAUAUUUUAUCGAGCGUUGGCCUACCAAAGUGGAGCAGCACUGAAAUAAGGAAGCAGAAUGUCCACACAAAUGGUCCAGUCUUAGAUGAUCUUAUACUAUCUGAUCCUGAGAUAGCGGAGGCAAUUGAACGUGAAAAGGAGGUUACAAAGGAAGUGGAAAUUCACAAUGUUGAUCGAGCUGUUUGUGGACGCAUAGCUGGUGUGAUUGCCAAAAAAUAUGGAGAUACAGGCUUUGCAGGACAGCUAAAUUUUGUUUUCAAAGGAAGUGCUGGACAGUCCUUUGCCUGCUUCCUGACUCCUGGAAUGAAUGUACGACUGGUGGGGGAGGCUAAUGAUUAUGUUGGAAAGGGUAUGGCUGGUGGAGAGCUUGUUAUUACUCCUGUCGAGAACACUGGCUUCUCUCCAGAGGAUGCUACCAUUGUGGGAAACACCUGUCUGUAUGGUGCAACAGGAGGUCAAGUGUUUGUUAGAGGAAAAGCAGGCGAACGUUUUGCUGUGAGAAACUCUCUUGCGGAAGCUGUUGUUGAAGGCACUGGAGAUCAUUGUUGCGAAUACAUGACUGGUGGCUGUGUUGUUGUUUUAGGAAAAGUGGGCAGGAAUGUAGCUGCUGGCAUGACUGGUGGUCUUGCUUAUAUUCUUGAUGAGGACGACACACUAAUUCCGAAGGUAAACAAGGAGAUUGUAAAGAUCCAGAGAAUAAAUGCUCCAGCUGGUCAGAUGCAGCUUAAAAGCCUUAUAGAAGCUCAUGUUGAAAAAACUGGGAGCAAGAAAGGUGCGGCAAUUCUGAGCGAAUGGGAAGCCUACCUGCCCUUAUUCUGGCAACUAGUGCCACCUAGCGAGGAAGAUGCGCCAGAGGCUUGUGCAGAGUUUGAGAGGGUGAAGGCUGCCGGACGUGUUCCUGUUCAGUCUGGUUAGAAUUCAAAAUGAAGAUGAAUGAGGCUGAAUUCUUGAUCAGAAUCAUGGAUCAACCAGGGUAAAUAGUCUUGUGAAGAAAUAAUGCCAAAAAAGUUUCGUGCAGAAUCACCAUAGAUAGUUAAAAUCGUUGUAUAAAUUUAGUUUAUUGGGUGUUUUGGUGUUAUAUUUUCCUUUUUUAUUUUAUUGUCUUGUGCAUUUUUGUAUAGUUGUCAUUUUCAUUAAAUUUCCCGUAUAGAUGUCUAGAACUUCCUAACC